GUGGUACGCGAUAGUAUCGUGAUAAACGUAACCGAGCCAAACCAUAUAGGAAUAGGAGAGAUCUCAUCCCCAGAGAGAGAGAAAACGUAACCGAGCCAAACCAUAUAGGAAUAGGAGAGAUCUCAUCCCCAGAGAGAGAGAGAGAGAGAGCUCAGUUCAAUUCAAUUCAAUUCAAUUCGAAUCCAUUCAGACUGCAAUGGUGGAGGAAGUAGGGUAUUCGUCAGCAGCCACCGAAGAGCCACCAACCAACAGCACUUCUAGGGCACCAAUCGACGACGACGACGACGGUGGAGAUGCGGCUGAGAUCGUCGCCGACGACGAUACGACGGCGUUAGUGGCUCAACCCCACCCUCUGGAGCACUCGUGGACGUUCUGGUUCGACAAUCCCUCCGCAAAGUCCAAGCAAGCCGCCUGGGGCAGCUCUAUUCGCCCCGUCUACACUUUCUCCUCCGUCGAAGAGUUCUGGAGCUUGUACAACAAUAUUCACCGUCCAAGUAAAUUGGCUGUGGGAGCAGACUUCCAUUGUUUUAAACACAAAAUUGAACCAAAAUGGGAAGAUCCUGUAUGUGCUAAUGGGGGGAAGUGGACUGUCAGCUUUUCUAGGGGGAAAUCUGACACUGGUUGGCUGUAUACAUUGCUGGCGAUGAUUGGUGAACAGUUUGAUCAUGGAGAUGAAAUAUGUGGAGCAGUUGUCAAUGUCAGAGCUAGGCAGGAAAAAAUAGCUCUGUGGACCAAGGAUGCUACAAAUGAAGCUGCUCAGAUGAGCAUUGGGAAACAGUGGAAGGAGUUUCUUGAUUACAAUGACAGCAUAGGGUUCAUAUUUCAUGAUGAUGCAAAGAGGCUUGACAGAAAUGCCAAGAACCGCUACAACGUCUAAGCUGCGCUUUGCCUGAAGACUUGAGCAGGUAGAUGCAAGAAAUGCAAGUGUAGCCUGAUAGAUGCUUAUGGUUUCCAGAACAGAAUGGUUACGGCUCUCUUGACAUUUUGUUUGCGCCAAUGACUUUCGCCAUUGAGAACUGAUAAAAGUUUGGUUUGGUUUUUUGAUCCAAAAUGAUUACAGAAUCUCUCUGUUAGAGUACUAGAUGAGCAAAAAGUUUGCCUGAAAAUUUACCCAAAUACGAUUUAUGUAAUCUUAUUAUUUUAGUACUCCACUUAAUAUCUCAAGUCAAAUGGUAAGCCCUAUCAA